AUGGCUCUGCAAGCUGCUGUAAAAGGAAAACUAAUUAGCGUUAUUGGAGAUGAAGAUACAUGCGUGGGAUUUCUCCUUGGAGGAAUCGGCGAAAUCAACAAGAACAGACACCCAAAUUUCAUGGUAGUUGAUAAAAAUACUCCAGUGAGUGAAAUUGAAGAGUGUUUCAAGAGAUUCAUCAAGCGGGAUGACAUUGACAUUAUCCUCAUCAAUCAAAACAUUGCAGAGAUGAUCAGACAUGUGAUUGAUUCUCACACAGCCCCUGUACCAUCAGUCUUGGAGAUUCCAUCCAAAGAUCAUCCCUAUGAUGCAUCCAAGGACUCUAUCUUACGUCGUGCUAAGGGCAUGUUUAACCCAGAUGAUUUGGUACGC